UACUGAAAGCUAAACGGGGACGCAACAUGUUUUUCAUCAGUACUAAUUUCGCUAGCAUUCGUAACGGACAACAAUGAACGGGUAUCAUCAUGGAUUUUUCUGUCAGAUAUGUGGCCCAACGAAAGGUCACAUUUACGGAACACGUUAUGCCUGUCUAAUGUGCCCUGGUUAUGACCUAUGUGAGUAUUGUAAUUCAAAAGGCUCCUUUACAAAGUCCCACGGUCCAUUCCACCCGAUGCAACCGAUACCGGCCGAGCGGGAGUUCCUGCGCAGGUUCAGCUACUGCGUUGGACCGCGUGAUAUCGACAUCUAUCGGUGUCCGUACUGCGAGGAGCGGGGCUUCAGUUUGACCACGCUGCUGGAACAUCUGAAAUCGUUGCACAGACAGUGUCAGUACAAGGUGCGCUGUCCGGUUUGCGUAACAUUCGGUAGUGGUGGUCGUUACGCCACGCAACUGUUGGACUGGAGCCUCGCCUUUCACAUCGAAAACGAACACAACGGAAGUGAAUCAGAUUACGAGUGGAGGUUGAAGCUGUUCCAAUACGUAGCAGCUUCGUAUCAGAAGCAAAGCGUUCCUGUUCCUCUAGGAGACAGUGGAACUUGUAACAUAUGUUCAGGAAAAUUGAUUCCAGACGGAAGAACCGUACGAUUUGAACCUUGUGUUCAUGGAUUUCAUCGUGAGUGCAUCCGGAAAUAUAGGACACAGUUGUCCGUUGUGCGACGGAAUGUGCCCUUGAGCCCUUAUUUAAAAUCUAAAUAUUUCUUUCAUAAAAAAUAA